CAGGACAAAGUGAUGACCACCAUGAUGGUAGGAGGCGCAGGUGCUUUUGGAGGCGGUGGCUUGGGCGUCGGCCGAAGGGGCCUCUCGCCUCCGUCAGGAACCAGCAGCCACAACCAAAGACACUCUUCACCACAGCCGCCUUUGUCGCCGGCGUCCAGUGACUCGCCCACUUCCCCAGUCAGCCCUGGACGCCAUGGAAAUAAAGCCUGUGGUGUUUGUGGAGAUGUAGCUAAGUCGAUGCACUUUGGAGGGCUGUCGUGUGAUUCCUGCAAGGCCUUCUUCAGGAGAUCAGUGCAGAACAAUGCAUAUAAGGGAUUUACAUGUCCCUAUGAAAAGAAAUGUGUGAUUGCUGUGUCUUCAAGAAAAGCAUGUCAGUACUGCAGAUUCCACAAAUGCCUCAACAUAGGUAUGGAGAAGGGCUGGGUGAUGUCAGAGGACGAGCGACGCAAGAUGAUGCAACAGCGUCAGGAAAAGAAGCUAAAAGCUGAUCAGAAGAAGCAUCAUGAGACAAAGGACAUUGACAAAUAUAGUCUAAGUGAGGAGGAUAAUACAGAGAUACAGAUAAUUGUUUCUCUCUAUAGAAAAGCAUACCAAGAUGUUCCUUAUGAUACCAGUUGCCAGAAUGAUGGUGCAGCAGGCGUCAUGUCUCCUUGGAUGACAUUCUGCAAGAGAAUAGGAUAUUUCUUCUCACUCUUUAGGGAAUUCACCGAGCUCCCCAGUGGUGAUCAAGCAACACUUAUGAAAACUGCCAUUACAUCAGCUUGUAUCAUCAUGGGCUCUGUUGUAUAUGAUUCAAGUACAGGCAAAUGGCCAGGGAAACCUAUAACAAGGUCAGGUUUCGUUCCCAAUGUAUCUUCACAGAAUGUAAAGCAACUAGUGCCUUCAGAUUUGAUGUCACGUGUGGAGCAGUUCUUCAGAAAGUUUCAGCAGAUAUGCCCAGAUGAAACAAUGGCCAUGAUACUUAUAUUAGUGACCCUGUACUCUUCUGAACUGAUAGGUUUGGAGGCAAAAGAGACCAUCCAAGCUCUUCAGGACAGAUAUACACGUAUCUUGCAUCAUUAUGUUGCAUGGAAAUAUAAGGAAAAGUCACACAUGAUGUUCCCCAAGGUCUUAGUAUCUCUUGCUGACAUUCGUGAGUUAUCAGAACGUACAUGUCAGAUGCGCAUCCAGCAGGGAUUUUCUUCCAGCAGCCAAAAUAUUACAUCACUACUUCCAAAGUCCAAUCCUCAAGAUUCUUCCUCGGCAACACCUAUGGAUACAUCCCAAUCAGAAGAAGCAGCCUUAGACAGUACAGAUAGUGGAAUGGUAAAUGUAAAGGAAGAAUUUGAUAUAGAUUGUAAUUCUGCACUUAACACUCCAGCUGCCCACAAGCGUGCAAGGUUAGAGGCAACUGGUAGUGCUCGUGAUCACACCUACCAAAAGAUACUGCAAAAGGUCAUGGAUCAGAUGCACAGCUCUUUGCAUUUACGAGCCCCACAGUUGCUUCCCAUUGUCAUUCAUAUUGUAAAAAAGAUCAAAGCUGAAGGUGGAGGUGUUGAUGAUUCGUCUCAUACUACCAAAACUCACCAUGUCAAACAGCCAAGAGGCGGUACAAAACGGAGACAGGUUGAAGUCAAACAGGAACAGAUAGAAGAGGAUUGUAAUGCACAGUUCUCUCAAGAUUUACCUAACUCAGACCUGAACGACCCAAUGUCUCCAGACAUUCAUCAUACACCACACUUCAAUCUUAGUCAACAACUUCAGCAAGAUCUUCAUCCUCCACAGACCGAGGUUUUGCACCAGCAGCAGUACAUGCCCCCAUCAGCAGACAUUAAUUUAGGAUACCCAGCCUCCCCAAUGGAUUCAACAGAUUCAUUUGACAUGCUGCCCACAUCACCUCUUCAUUGCCAAAAUUCAGUUAUGUCACCCAACCUAAUGCUUUCUGCAAACCAUUCAGCUGAUGUCAGGCUGUCACCUCAAGUUCCACUCAUGGCACCUGUUGCCCCUUAUACUCCUCCUUCAGUAGUGACUUCAUCACCCAUGCCAGUCCAGCAGUCUGAAGUCUUUCCUGUCGCAGACAUGCCAUUGCCAUCCCCAAUGGCAGCUCCUUCACCAUACUCUGAUACUUCUAGUUCAUCACCACCUGAAAGCUCCCAGUCACCGCUGUCUGAACUCUUCACAGAAGAGCUGUCAGACGUUGAAAUAGAUGUCCUAACCCAGUUGAUGGACUAUGUUUGUAAUUCAAAUCUGGAAAAUGUAAGUUCAAUCAAGGAAAUCAUACCAGAACAUCUCUUAACUGAACUUCAAACAAAGUUGUGCACAUAUUCCUUAAAACAAGAAUAAACAGGAAGACCACAAUUUAAGAAGAAGAAAAAAGUGAUAAUAUUUUAAGUAUAAUGUAUUGUGAAACAAAAACUUUUAAGGACUCCAGAACAAUCUUUUGGCACAUUUCUUAUAAGAAUAACUUGUACAUAAUUCGCAUUUGGAAUAGAAUAUCCAUUUGUAUUAAGAGAUGUUUACUCUAUUGAAAAAACAAGAAACUGAAAAUAGACAGUUAAUUAAGCUGAAAGGAUGGGUGAUGUUCUAAACAAUGCAUGUUGAAAUUGUCCGCAAAGCCACAUGUGUAUAUAAAUGUAUAUAUCACAUGCAUACGAGUUCUGAUGUCUGUGGAUUUGCUUAAUACUUGCUAACUUGAACAAAUCAAUGUCGGAGAGCCAAAAACUAUACCAGUCCCGUACACACAUUUUUCUGGCAAGUGAAGAUUUAUGAAUAUUUUGUGAUAAUAAUUAUAAGAAAUGGAACUUUUCCCCUUUUUAUUAUCUUUAUUUUUUAUUUUAUUUAUUAUUAUUAUUCUUUUUUUCAAAGAAGUUGCCAGUGGGUAAUAUGAUUUUGUGGCUAUAGAACCUUGCACCCUUGCUGAAUUAUCAGUUAAGAUGAAAAGCAAACAUUCAUUCCUAAAAAUAAUGAAUGGUGAAAACAAAAAAAUAAAAAUAAAUAAAAAACAGUGAAUCCUAGAACACUUAGCAUAUUGUGUUUGACAAUGUACAACACCAGUUUACUAAAAAGAGAAAAAAAGUAACGAAUACAAACUUUGAGAAGAACUUUUAACAACGAAUGGUGUGAGAAUCCAUAAGUGUCAUUAUGUGCAUGUAUUCCUAUCCUGUAUUGCUGUUCAAUUAUUGUAUGUUCAGUUCUAUGUUGCAUUCAGUGUUGGUGGUACAGUGUAGAUGGAGAGGGAAGCAGGAUGUCAGUACAGUUCUUGCAGAAGGAACAUAAAGUAGUCAUUUACAUUCAGUUUAAUCAUACAUUUAGGUGGAGAUUACUGCUCAAGACAAUUUUUAUCUGAAGGACGUAUGAAAUAUUAUGAAUAAAUAUAGAAAAGGGUCAGUUAGAGGAAAAUUAAAUAUUUUGUACUUCAUGAUAUUAUCAGUCGUUAGAUAAUAUGAGUAUGAAUGUCAUUAUUAUCAUUGUCAUCAUUAGUAUGGAAUUUUUCUUGGUUAAACUGAUAAUAUAUGACUAAUAUAUGUUCUUCUGUCCACUUGAUAUGAAAGUUAUAUAAGAGUAUUUAGUGAAUUAAUGUGAUGUUGAUGUGUCUGUUCAAACUGUUGCAAAUGAUGUAUCAAAAUAUUCUUUGUCUAAUGUAAAUACUGACAUUAAGUUUUUUUUAUCUACAUGUGUUGGUACAUAUGACUAAAUAUUUUUAUUUCUACAGAUGCACAUGCUCUCUCUCUCUCUCUCUCUCUCUCUCUCUCUCUCUCUCUCUCUCUCUCUCUCUCUCUCUCUCUCUCUCUCUCUCUCUCUCUCUCUGUCUUUCACACACACACGCAUGCACAAGCCCGCUCGUGCACACACACACGCACACCCACACACACACACACACACACACACACACACACACACACACACACACACACACACACACACACACACACACACACACACACACACACGAUACAUACUGAUGUAAAAGUAUUUAUUUAUAUUGUUACCUACAUUUACAGAAAUAGUAACUGCAUUUGUGAUUUUUUUUUUUUUUUUUUUUUUUUUUUUCUUUUUUUUUUUUUUAAGAACUGAAAAAGAUUUAUAUUAUUAUAAUUAGGAGUCACUUGAUUAUUCACUUUGGGAUGGAAUAUUAAAAAUAUCUAGUCUGAAAAUUGAAUCUUUGCUUUUAAUUACGUUAAAAAAAAGGUUGAAGAGCAGCAGGUGGCCAAGAACGGAACAGAUUGCAAAGUGCGCAUAUGAUAUGGCUUCUCAAAAUGUACGUGAUGUGAACGAUGAAAAGGCAAAAUCCAUAUUACGUCACAGGAGGUGUUGUCUAAGUUAAAAAGCAUUUUAAAUUCCUCAGUGCAUGUAGACAGAGAUAGAUUUAGUUCAUUGUGCUAGUGUCAGUUAUUGUAAAUUUAUUUCUUACCUAAUUACGCAAAACAAAAAAAAAGUUUUAAAAAUAUUACCUCUUCUUGGUCAUUCCAAAUACAAUCAUUUACCUUUUAUUUUUAUUAUCAUCAUUAUUAUCAGUUACUUUUAUUUAUGUAAAUUAGAUAGGCCUUGUGUUAGAAGCCUAAAUGCUAGGCCACUACCUCUUAUGUAAACUCUAUUACCUCAGAAGUUUUUUUUUUUUUUUUUUUUUUUUUUCCUCUCCUGAUUUUCAAUGAAUUAUGUGAGCUUCUAGGUAAUUAGUUUAUAGCACAUUAAUCUGUGUAGAAUUUCUCUUCUGCCUUCUUCCUGUCUCUUUCUAUGUGUUCACUAGACAUUUUGCAGAUGAAUAAUUUUUUUCUCUCUCUCUUUUUUAUUUUAUUCUUCCUGCUCUCUCUCUCUCUUUCUAGAAGAAAUCAUGAACAGUUUCAAUUCGGAUGUGAAAUAUAUUGGCAUUUGGUUGUUCAGCUUCAUAAUCAUAACAGGAAGGUGUGUACAUAGAGGUACAGAAGCAUGUUCUGAAAAUGCAUAUUACUUAUGUAAUUGGCAAGAAGUAGCUGGUUGUAGAAUUUCCAGAAACAAAUAUAUUUUUUCUCUUUGUAUUAGCCAUCUGUAAAUAAUUGAGCAUUUGAUUUCAUGAUGCACGUAAAUUUCUCCACCCCAAAUUUUUACAUAUUGGACUUCAGUUCUACGUCAAGUGAACGGGACAGAAUGUUUGUCUUAAGCUAAAAAGUUCAUUAGAGUUGAAGUUGAGUAUUACAGUAUUCUUAUUUUCAAAGCAACUGUAGGAAAUUUCCAAAGUAACUAAAAAUCAUAGAUUAAAUAAAGUUUUCAGCCCCUUCUUUGUAAUGUGCUCUUAAGAAAUGAGCUUAGAAGUUCACUGUUGACAGUCAAAUAUGACAUUUUCUUUAUAUUUUAUAUAGAUUAUCAAUUAAAAAGUACCAAUAACCAUUCUUUAUUUGAAGUUGUUGGUAAUAAAGCUUCUAUGAUGUGCUGAAUCUUGAAAAAUUCAAAGUUUCUAAAGUUACUUUCAUCUUGAUGCCUUCCCUUACAUAACAUUAGCAAAGCUGAGUCCUAUACAUAGUUAUUAAAGUGGAAAAUGUUUCCUAAUUGGCCUUAACCUAAGAUGAAGUUCAAAUUGUAAUUACUCAGGAACUGACAGAUAUUCUCAGCUUCCAUAGAAAGCUUUUUCAUAGAUAUGAUAAGGAGAGUAAUUGCAUUACCAGAUCAUGUAGUCUAAUAUAGUCAUAUUUUACAUAAUCAUAAAUUAUUUAUAGCAGAUGAAACUAGUGACAGUUUGAUUUAAUGUUGUGCUGGUUCCUUUGAAUCAGUUUUGUUGAUUAAAUCAGCAGAAAAAUUUAAGCAUGACAAUUUUUCGUUUAAAGUUAAACAAUCAUACAUGGAGUAGUAAUAGUCUGUUUCCACAAUUUCGAAAUGAACAGUGAUGGAUCAUUAACUUUCACUAGUUUUAACUUUCAGAUAACAGCUUGACCUGGGUAGUGUUUACCUUUGGUAUGCAGGGUAUGAUUACCUGAGUAUGAAUUAAGACAGGGCCUUGAUGACUUGAUUUGGUGAUUGUAGAAUGGUAAGAUGUGGGUGCAUAUCAGUCAUAUUUCAUCACAUUAACAGCUAAGAACUUAAUUGUUAGGGUAAGAAUAUGUAAUAGUAUACAGGUUACACUGAUGCAUAGUUGAUGUCUUCAUUAAAUAGGUUUUCUGUAAUUGUGUACAUUAGCAGACAAUUGAUUUUCUGACAUGGUGUUAAAUUUGCCUUUUGGUAUGAAUUGGACCUUUCCCAUAGAGCAGAUUUAAGUUCAAGACUUGGGGAACCCAAAUGUUAUGACUGUCUUGUUUCAGAAGUAAAUGGUUUCACACCUGGCAGACUUGAAAAUUUCUCAUCUGAAAAGAGCUGGAAUGUAGUAAACCCACAUCAUAGAAUGACACAGUUGGUAGCUAAUAAGUGAAUUUAUUUUGUUAGUGGUGAGCACAGACUCCCCAUGGGAGCAGCAAAGUACAAAGUCAUACUGUCCCCGGCCAGCUACACAGAGUAUAUCCAGGUUUGUAAGAGAAUAUGUAUGUAGGAUUGGAUGCCACUCUUGAAAAUGUUAAUGUCGGAGGUUACACCUUUUGGUUAUAAAUUAGGUUUGUAAGUGAAAAAUUCUCAGGUCCCUGAUUUGAUGCUCACAGAGACCUGUCCUAUGUAUAUACAGUGUAAUUUUUUUUUUUUUUUUUCUUUUUUUUUUUUUUUUUUUUUUUUUUUUUUUUUUGGUUUGGUAUAUGCUUGUAUGCAUGAUUACAUGCACUUGUGUAUACAUGUAUAGGUGUGCCUCUGCAUGGGUGGAUCAGUGUGUUGGUCUGUGUGUAUGAACACAUAACAUUAGGAAGUAGAUGUCUGUAUAUAAUGCUAUGUUAAUAGAUGAUUUAUUAAAUCACUAAAGGCCAAACAUAUGAAUACGUUGCUCAAUUGUGUGUGUUGGGAUGUUUAUAUGUAAUUUUGAGUAUGUGUCCUUGUAUUUGCAGGCAUGUGCUACAUAUGUGUGUGUGUGUGUGUGUGUGUGUGUGUGUGUGUGUGUGUGUGUGUGUGUGUGUGUGUGUGUGUGUGUGUGUGUGCGUGCUUGUAUACAUAUGUACAUACAUAUGUACACACACGGUAUCACUAGCAUUAUUGUAUAAGUGUUGUGUAAUAGCCCUUCUGUUUUUGCUCAGCUUUUUGAGGUGUUCCAGUAAAUUUUAUGUUGAGAUAAAUACAAAUUCCCUGUAAUAUGUAUGAAAUAUUGAAACAAUUAUUUUUUCAGAUCUAAGUUAACUUUUCAAAGGAAAAAAAUAAUGUCAAUAAUUGACACAAGUGAUAUAUUUGAUACUUAUAUGUAGGAGCCAUGGAUCAGUUUGCUACAGUUUAAUUAGUGUGAAACUUUUAUUUUGAAAUUGGGCGGUAGAGAAGAAAAAAAUUACGUUGCUUCAUCCUAAGACGCAGAUAUUCCGUGACAGAUCGGAAAGCUUAACCAUCUGCUACUAAUUUAAUCAUCAACAGUGCCUCUUGUCUGCAGUCACCACAUCUUUGAGUCUUUUGAAACAAUUACUGUACAUUACAAAACAAAUGAACCUUUGGCAGUGAUCUACAGGCUUCUCACCUCAUUUUAUACCCUCCAAGAAUUAUAUAUUUCCAGCAGUUGAACCUGCUUGCAUUUUGGUGUACAAUGUUUGGUGCUUAAAAACGUUUUAAGGUAGUAAUUACCAGAAUGACGGGUACACCUUAUCCCCCAAGUUUGGGAGUGAGAAGAUUCUGUUGGUAAUUGUUUCCAGUGGAUUUGAGGGAACAUGCCAGUCUUUAUUUCAUUUGUGCACUAGUGAGCAAAUUUGAAAACUAGGGACAAAGUGUGUAUAUAUUAGAGUGGAGGCUUUAAGAGUUUAUAAAUAUAUAUAUACAUAUAUAUCAAUAUAAUAUAUUGAGGAAAUGUGCUGUGCUGCACUGGUGUUACUGUAAUCAGUAAUAAAAUAUUGAAAGAA